AUGACAGUGACACUACCACCGGCGCAAGACUUCUCGUACAAGUUCAGCGAAGAGACGAAGGCGCGCAUACCCUCGCCCCUCAAGACUUGUCUUCGCUACUACAAUGAUCCCGACAUCAUAUUUCUUGGCGGCGGGCUGCCCCGCAGCGAGCUGUUCCCCUGGGACAGCGUCAGCGCGAGCUGCGCGGCGCCGCCGUUCAAAACGGGAACGGCGGGCGGCAUGCAGCUGCACGUGGCCAAAAGUGGACAGAGCGCCAACGCGGUCGUCAGCGGCGCGCGCGACGUGCCGCUCGAGCGGGCGCUGCAGUACGGGUUCUCGCAGGGGCAGCCGGAGUUGAUGGACUUCGUGCGGGAGCACACGCGGCGCUUGCAUCGCAUGCAGUACGCGGACUGGGACGUGCUGGCGACGGUCGGCAACACGUCGGCAUGGGAAUCGACGCUGCGGGUGUUCUGUAACCGCGGAGACACGAUCCUGGCGGAGGAGUACACGUUUUCGUCGUCGCUGGUGGCGGCGGAGGCACAGGGCGUGCGCGCGUACCCAGUGCCGCUGGACGAGAACGGGAUGGUGCCAGAGCGGCUGGGCGAGCUACUGGAUAACUGGGAGCGGUGGCACGACGGCGUGCCACGGCCCAAGCUGCUGUACACGGUGCCGACGGGGCAGAACCCCACGGGCACGUGCCUGUCGAACGAUCGGCGCCAGGCGGUAUACCGCCUGGCGCAGCAGCACGACCUGCUGAUCGUGGAGGACGAGCCGUAUUACUUCCUGCAACUGGACCCCUAUGAGGCGGACGCGGGACGGCGGGCGCCGCGCGUGUUUGCGAGCCACGAGGAGUUUGUGGGCUCGCUGGUGCGGUCGUUUCUGUCGCUGGACACCGACGGGCGCGUGUUGCGUCUGGACUCGUUCUCCAAGGUGCUGGCGCCGGGCACGCGCCUGGGAUGGAUUGCGGGCGCCAAGCAGCUGCUGCAGGCGUACCUGGCAUUGCUGGAGUUGACUGUGCAGGCGCCGUCCGGUUUCACGUCGUCGCUUAUCGCGGGGACGCUGACGCGGUGGGGACAGGAGCACUACAUCGACUGGCUGAUCGAGCUGCGGCGCGAGUACACGCACCUGCGAGACGUUGUGAUGGACGCGCUGCACCGCUACAUUCCGGCGAAGCCGUGGGUGCGCGUCAACCCGACGGAGGCGGGCAUGUUCUUCACUGUACACUUGAACGCGGCCGCGCACCCACGUUUUGUGUCGGAGUACGAGUCGCAGCCUGAGCGGGUAGAGUGGGCACUCUACGAGAAGAUGAUCGCCCACGGUGUACUGGCGGUUCCGGGCAUGUGGUUCCGGACUGGCGGUAAGGAUCCCUCCCGCUCGCGCCAGGCUGGUGACACAAACAACAUAUUCUUCCGCGGCACCUUCGCCGCAGUGGAGGAGGAUAAGCUCGUAGUUGGGAUCCAGCGGCUUGGUAGCAUGCUGGCCGAGGAGUUCGGCUGUUCUGGUUUUGCGCGCUGA